AUGGGUGCGGCUAUAGCGAAGGCUGUCGUUGAAGGAAAAGACCUUUAUGAAGUUCUGUCAACGCCAAUGUUCAUCGUUAGUUUACAAGCUUGUAUAAAAGGAUUGGUAAUGCUGUCUAACAAGCGUCACGUUGAGAACAUAACUGAUGACCUGGGACAAGUGUGGAGGACUGACAAUAUGAACGAAGAACAGAAGAGAGUGAGGCAGUUAAAGGCUAAAGAGCUGCGUUAUGCUGCUUAUGCGUACAUCUAUUUUCCUCAACUAAUAGCUUGGCAAUACAUGCUACUGCCGUUAUUUAUGACGCUAUACUUCAAUGUAUUAUUAGGAGACGGUGAUGAAAUGCGCCUGCCCUUAGACUCUGUCUACCCGUUUGACCCAACCAGCAAUUUGUUGUUCUAUGGAAUAACGUAUUUUUAUCAAGUUUACUGUUUACUAGUCGUCGUUCACGUCUACCUAGGCUCGGACUUCAACCUCAUAACUCUUACCUCUCACCUCACAGUGGAGUUCUUGAUGCUAAGCGAAGACUUGUUGCAUAUAAAACCAAAGAAAGUUACUAGCACUGGUUUGGUUUACAACAAAGAGAAUAUCAUUGACUUUGUCAAGAAACACCAGAAAUUGACCACAAUAGCCCAAGAGUUAGACGUUGCUAUGAACGUAUUGAUGUUUAUCAAUAUAUUCUUUACAACUUUAAAUGUUGGCUUUUUUGGACUUUCUGCUUUGAGCGAGGGAAUAUUUUUUGCUGCAAGUAAGAACCCGUGGUACGAAGGGAAUAUCGAGUAUAAAAAGACAAUGUCUUUUAUCAUGUUGAGAUCGCAAAAGCCGUGCUACAUAACUUCUAUGAGGUACACCAAAGUUACAUUGGAAACGUUUACAAAGGUACUAAGUCGAACAUGGUCGUAUUUUUCACUGGUCUACACGAUGUAUAAACGUAGUAAAUAA